AUGGCGAAUAUACGGAUGAACCCGGCGCCUUUCAUUUUCCUGCUUUGCGUGUCGGACCUGGUUGCCGGACAGCUUCGCUACUCAGUUCCCGAGGAGCUGCAACAUGGGGUUUUUGUUGGUAAUGUCGCUGAGGAUUUAGCAGUCAACGUUCGCGAAUUAUCGGCUCGCAAGUUUCGGCUGGUGUCCGAUGAAGGGAAACAAUACAUGGAAGUAAAUCUGGAAAAUGGGAAUUUAUUUGUGAAUGAAAGAAUCGACCGAGAAGAGCUUUGUGGACAAAGUCCUGCCUGUUCCCUUUCUUUUCAAAUAGCGUUCGAUGAUCCUAUGGAAAUGCAUCGUGUCACAGUGGAGAUUUUGGAUGUCAAUGAUAAUUCGCCCACUUUUGAAAAGAGCGAAUUCUCCUUGCAGGUCAGCGAGUUAAUUGCACCAGGAGCGCGAUUUCCUCUCGAGAGCGCGCGUGAUCCGGAUGUUGGUGCAAACACAAUCAGCACUUAUCAGAUCAAUUCAAAUGUGUACUUCGGUAUCAAAGUUCAGACGAGAAGGGGUGGGAGCAAAAGUGCAGAGUUAAUUCUAGAGAAGGCCUUGAACCGUGAACAACAGCCAACCUUUCAUCUUGUUUUGACCGCUAUUGAUGGUGGGGUCCCUCAAAGAUCUGGCACAGCUCGGAUUAUCAUUACUGUCGUGGACGGGAACGAUAACGCCCCCGAAUUCGAUCGUGAGGUCUACAGCGCGACCAUAGCAGAAAAUGCCCCUCGAGACAUCUUGGUGAAGAAAAUCAACGCUGUUGAUUUGGACGAAGGUGCUAACGCAGAUCUGACAUAUUCUUUCACCAAUCACGUUUCACAAAGGAUUCGCGACUUGUUCAAGCUGGAUCCUGAAACCGGAGAGAUCAGAGUUCAAGGAGUACCAAAUUUUGAGGAAUCAAGUAUUUAUGAACUUGAUGUACAAGCAGUGGACAAUGGUGUACCGGGUUUGACAGGACAUGCAAAAGUUAUUGUCAGCUUAACUGACCUGAACGAUAACGCCCCUGAGAUAGAGGUAACGUCAGCAACUGGCAUGGUCCCCGAAAUUAAGCAGCCUGGAACUGUGAUUGCAACAAUAAGCGUAACCGAUUCAGAUUCAGGGAGUAAUGGGGAUGUUCAGUGUCAAGUUCUCGUAGGUGUUCCUUUCAAACUUCAAAAAUCUUUGAGGAACAAUUACAAAUUGGUUACCGAUGAGGUUUUGGAUCGUGAAAGAACCACAUCGUACAACAUAUCCAUUUCGGCCUGGGACGGCGGGUCGCCCACUUUGUCAACACGUAAAACCAUCUUGGUUUCUGUUUCUGAUAUAAAUGAUAACGCGCCGAGGUUCACACAAUCAUUAUAUAAUGUGUACCUAAUGGAGAACAACAAUCCUGGUGCUUCUAUUUUUGCUGUUAGCGCUAGCGAUUAUGAUUUAGACAAGAACGGUGAGGUGGUUUAUUCUAUUCUAGAUAAUCAGUUGCCAGGGGAACCUGGGUCUCGAUACGUCACGAUUAACUCUAAAAAUGGGAAUGUUUACGCGCUGAGUUCCUUCGACUAUGAGCAUAUAAAACAUUUCCAGAUCAACGUUCAAGCUCAGGAUGCUGGAUCUCCUUCCAUGAGCAACACUGCUGUGGUGCAUAUUAUUAUCUUGGACCAAAACGACAAUGUCCAGGUCAUUGUUUCACCUUUGACGUUUAACAAUUCAGCAUCCGUGGUUAUUAUCCCCCAGUCAGUAAUUCCAGGUUACUUGGUAACCAAGGUAAUCGCGACUGAUGCCGAUUCCGGUCAAAACGCAAGGCUUUGCUACCAACUGCUGGAGGCAGCUGAAGCCAGCUUGUUUACUGUGGGUCUUUCCUCCGGCGAAAUCAGAGCAUCCCGGGGUUUUAGAAACCAGGAUGUCAUCACAGACAGAAUCGUCGUAUGCGUGAAGGACAAUGGACAGCCAAGCCUCUCUAGUACGGCCACAAUCUUCUUUUCAAUCUUGUCCAAUAUUACUGAAAAAUCGUUUGAACCAACUAACGAACCAAAACAGUUGGAAUACCUUUUCGAUCUUAAUCGUUAUUUGCUCAUCAUUUUGUGAUCAACGUCCUUUCUGUUUCUUGUGACCAUAAUUUUUCUGGUUGUUCUGAAAUAUAAGCAAGACAGAAAUAUUGUUGAAGGCUACAACACUACAGCGUGCUGUUACAGAGGGAGGAAUUCAAAACAUGCUUUUAAUGGAAAACGUGCAGUAAACGAAACUUUAAAUUAUCUCGGACCUGGUCUGAAUGAAAGUUAUCGGUAUACCGUUUGUUUAUCUCCAGAAUCAUCCAAGAGCGAUUUUCUGUUUGUAAAGCCCUGUCACCCCACCUUGCCUUUCAAUGAAUUGCCUGUCCUUGAGACCAACCCAAAAGUCUUGGAUGCACAAUGCAUCCUCGACAAAUACCUCUGUAAGAAGUGUCAACGGCUGAAAAUGAUUGAGCUCCGGGUCUUGGAAGUCAAGCAGCGGCUGGAGUCACUAUGGUGCAUCCGUGGGGCAGAGAACUUUGUGUAUAACGCGUUUUGGGAGCUGGAGACACUGCAAACGGGGCCAAAAGAACUUCCUGAAUCUACGUUUCGGGCUCAGUCUCUCCUUCAAGAUACGGGAAUGGACUGUUAUGAACUUAUCAGUCCGAAAACAAACUAUCAAUUCCAUUUUCAAAGACAAGCAAUGCUUGAUGUUUAUCGAGAAUGUGAUGUCAACUUCUUUCUGAAUGUCACAGCGAUGGCGAAAACAGGCAGCAGCGGGGCGCUUUUCAUUUUCCAGCUUUGUGUGUCGGACCUGGUUUCUGGACAAAUUCGCUACUCGAUUCCUGAGGAACUGGAGCAUGGGGCCUUUGUGGGGAAUAUCGCUGAGGAUUUAGCAAUCAAAAUCAGAGAAUUGUCGUCUCGCAAAUUCCGGCUGGUUUCUGAUGACAGGAAACAAUACAUGGAGGUAAAUCAAGAAAACGGGAUUUUAUUUGUUAAUGAAAGAAUCGACCGAGAACUGAUCUGUAGACAAAACUCUCCGUGUUCACUUUCUUUUCAAGUAGCCCUUGAUAAUCCUUUGGAAAUGCAUCAUGUCGCAGUGGAAAUACUGGAUGUAAAUGACAAUUCACCCUCCUUUUCAAAGGAUGAAUUCUCCCUGCAGAUCGGUGAGUUAACUGCACCAGGAGCGCGCUUCCCUGUCGAGAGCGCGCACGAUCCGGAUGUCGGUACAAAUGCAAUCAGCACUUACCAAAUCAGUCCAAACGAUCACUUCGGCAUUAAAAUGCAGACAAGAAUAGAUGGAAGUAAAACUGCUGAGUUGUUAUUAGAGAAGUCUUUGGAUCGUGAGAAACAGUCUAGCUUUUAUAUUGUACUGACGGCGACUGACGGUGGGGUUCCGCACAGAUCUGGUACGGCGCAGAUUCUGAUUAUAGUAAUGGACGUCAAUGAUAACGCACCUGUAUUCGAUCAUGAAAUCUAUCGUGCGACUAUACCAGAAAACGCCCCUCAAGGUACCUUAGUAACGAAGAUCAAUGCUGUUGAUUUAGAUCAAGGCGUGAACGCUGAGUUAACAUAUUCUUUCACAAGCCACGUGUCCGAAAGAAUUGGCGAGCUGUUCAAAUUGGACCCAUUAACUGGAGAGGUCAGAGUUCAAGCUGUACUGGAUUUUGAAGAAUUAAAUGUUUAUGAACUUGAUGUGCGAGCAGUCGACAACGCUCCACCUAUUAUGACAGGACAUGCCAAAGUUAUGGUCGAUCUAAUCGAUAUGAAUGAUAACGCCCCUGUAAUCGAAGUGAGCUCGGUAUCCAGCAGAGUCCCUGAAGAUGCUGCUCCAGGGUCAGUAAUAGCUGCAAUCAGUGUCACGGAUUUAGAUUCUGGAGCAAAUGAGGUAAAUUGCCAAGUUCUCGGAGAUAUUCCAUUUAAACUUCAAAGGUUUUUGGCGAAUAACUAUAAAUUGGUAACACACGAUAUUCUGGAUCGCGAAACAGCCCCGCUGUACAGCAUAAAUAUUUCAGCCUGGGAUGGAGGGUCCCCCCCUCUUCAUACAAGCAAAAUUAUUUUGGUUUCGGUUUCAGAUAUAAAUGACAACGCACCACGCUUUACAGAAUCAUCAUAUAACGUUUAUUUGAUGGAGAACAAUAUCCCCGGCGGAUCUAUAUUUGCUGUUACCGCUUUGGAUUCAGAUCUGGAUCAGAAUGGCGAGGUCAUCUAUUCCAUUUUGGACAAUCAGACAGACGAAAUUCCGACGUCUGUUUACGUCACAAUUAACUCCAAAAAUGGGAACCUUUACGCGAUUCGCUCCUUUGACUAUGAAAAACUGAAGUAUUUCCAUGUCAAAAUUAAAGCUCACGAUGCUGGAUCUCCCCCGCUGAGCAGCACUGCCAUCGUCAAUGUCAUCAUCCUGGACCAAAAUGACAAUGCCCCGGUCAUUGUUUCACCUUUAACCUGGAACAGUUCAGCAUCAGUGGAGAUUGUGCCCCAAUCAGUUUAUCCAGGUUACUUGGUCACCAGGUUGAUCGCGACUGAUGCCGAUACCGGUCAGAACGCACGGCUUUCCUACCAACUGUUGAGGGCCACUGACCCUGAUCUAUUUACUGUGGGAUCCCUGACUGGAGAAGUACGAGCAACUCGACGAUUUAGAGACCAGGACAUCAUCACGGAACGAUUAAUCCUCCGUGUGAAGGACAAUGGACAGCCAAGACUCUCUACCACCGUCACAGUCUCAUUUUCAAUCGUCCAAAAUAUUACUGAAAUAUCUUCUAAACGAAGUAACGCACCAAGCCGGUCCGAAUAUUUCUCCGAUUUAAAUCGUUAUUUGAUCAUCCUUUUUGGUUCGACUUCAUUUUUGUUUCUCAUAACCAUAAUUUUCCUGAUCGCCUUGAAGCUUAAACAAAACAGAAAUACUACAGAAAACUACAAUUCUACAACUUGUUCCUACAGAAGAAGCAAUUCGAAUAAUGUUUUUAAUCAGAGACCUGCAACAAAGCAACCUUUAAAUUAUAGCGGGCCUGGUCAAACUGAAGGCUUUGGUUAUACUGUCUGUUUAUCACCAGAAUCAUCGAAAAGCGAUUUUCUGUUUCUAAAGCCCUGUCAUCCUACUUUGCCUUUCAGUGAAGUGAAUGUCCGGGAUACCAACGGGAUGAAUUACAAAGGAUCAGACCUUAGCUUCUGUACCAUCUACAAGAUGCACUGCGAGACAAGUAGGCACAAUCGGUUGGACAAAAUAUUGAUAUUUUACAGCAACAUCCAUCCGAGAACAAUGGCGGCAAGGAGCAGCGGGGCAUCUUUCGUUUUCCUGCUUUGUUUGUUGGAUCAGAUUUCGGGACAAAUUCGCUACUCGAUCCCCGAGGAGCAGGAGCAUGGGGCCUUUGUUGGGAAUGUCGCUGAGGAUUUGAGACUAAAUAUUUGGGAAUUAUCGGCCCGCAAGUUUCGUCUGGUCUCCGAUGAAAGGAAACAAUAUUUGGAGGUAAAUCUGGAGAACGGGGUGUUAUUUGUUAAUGAACGGAUAGACAGAGAGCAGAUUUGUAGACAGAGCUCUAUCUGCACCCUUUCUUUGCAAGUAGUGCUCGAUAAUCCUUUGGAAUUACACCCUGUUGCAGUAGAAAUAUUAGAUGUAAAUGAUAAUUCACCCAGAUUUCCGAACAGUGAAUUCUUCUUGCAAGUCGGCGAGUCAAUUUCAGCAGGUGCGCGCUUCCCUGUCGAGAGCGCGCACGACCCGGACGUCGGCACAAAUGCAAUCAGCACUUACCACAUCAGUCCAAAUGAACACUUUGGCCUCAGAGUUCAGACGCGAAAUGACGGGACUAAAAGUGCCGAAUUGUUACUGGAGAAGCCCUUGGACCGCGAAGAGCAGUCAAUGUUUCAUCUUGUCCUGACGGCUGUUGACGGCGGCGUUCCCCCGAGAUCUGGCACAAGCCGGAUUUCGAUCACUGUAGUGGACGCGAAUGAUAACGCACCUGUAUUCGAUCGUGAAACAUAUGAAUCCAGGGUAGCAGAAAACUCUCCCAAAGGGACGUUGGUAAUAAAAGUUCACGCUGCUGAUAUAGAUGAAGCUACCAAUGCUGAGCUGACCUAUUCUUUCACCAGCCACGUUUCCCAGAGCAUUCGCGAAUUGUUCAACUUGGACCCGGAAACUGGAGAUAUUACAGUUCAAGGUGUCCUGGACUUUGAAGAAUCGAGCGGUUUUGAACUUGAUGUAGAGGCUGUGGACAGUGCUCCGCCUGGUAUGGCGGGGCAUGCCAAAGUUUUGGUCAGCCUGAUAGAUAGGAAUGAUAAUGUCCCCAACUUAGAUGUAACAUUGGUGUCCAGCCCGGUGCAGGAAGAUGCUCCGCCGGGGACUGUGAUAGCCCUGAUCAGUGUUAUGGAUCCAGAUUCUGGCGAAUAUGGACACGUACAAUGUCACAUUUCAGGACAACUUCCGUUCAGACUUCAGAAAACCUUGAGAAACAGCUACAAGUUGGUUACCGAUGAUAUUUUGGAUCGUGAAACUGUCCAGAUUUACAACAUUUCUAUUUCAGCCUGGGACGGAGGGUCUCCCCCUCUUUCAACAAAUAAAACUCUUCUGCUUUCCGUUUCAGAUAUAAAUGACAACGCGCCUACAUUCACACAAUCCUCAUAUAACAUUUAUCUGAUGGAAAACAACACUCCCGGUGCUUCGAUAUUUGCUGUUACCGCUUUGGAUCCAGAUUUAGACCAGAACGGUGAAGUUCACUAUUCCAUUCUGGAGACUCAGAAAGAAAGGGGACAUGGGCCUGCUUAUGUCUCGAUCAAUUCCAAACAUGGAGACAUUUACGCGCUGCGCUCCUUUGACUAUGAACAACUGAAACAUUUCCAGAUUAAAGUUCAGGCUCAGGAUGUUGGGUCUCCCCCACUGAGCAGCACUCUCAUUGUCAAUGUUAUUAUCUUGGAUCAAAAUGACAAUGCACCUGUUGUUGUGUCACCUUUAAUGUGGAACGGUUCAGCAUCAGUAGAGAUUGUGCCACAGUCAACAUAUCCAGGAUACUUGGUCACCAAGGUAAUCGCAUCUGAUGUUGAUUCCGGUCAGAACUCACGGCUUUCCUAUCAAUUAUUGGAGGGCAAUGAUCUCAGCUUGUUUACCGUGAAGCUUCUCUCUGGGGAAAUCAGAGCAACACAGCGUUUAAGGGAGCAGGAUAUCAACACAGCAAGAUUGGUCGUGCUCGUGAAGGAUAAUGGGGAGCCAAGCCUCUCCACUACGGUCACGGUGUCAUUUACCAUUUUGUCGAAUGUUACAGAGAAUUCUUCUGAACGAACUGACGAACCCGGAGAGUCGAAGUAUUUUUCGCAGCUUAAUCGUUAUUUAAUCAUUAUAUUAGGAUCAACAUCAUUUUUGUUUCUUGUAACCAUAAUUUUUCUGGUUAUGCUGAAGUUUAUUCAAGACAGGGAUAUUGCUGAAGACCACAGCUCUACGGGCUGUUAUUACACAAGUCGAAAUUUGAAUGGCGCCUUUAAUCAGAGGUCUGCACCAAAGGAACCCUUUAAUUAUACCGAGUCUGCUCAGACUGAAGGUUAUCGUUAUACCGUGUGUUUAUCACCAGAGUCAUCGAAAAGUGAUUUUCUGUUUCUAAAGCCCUGUAAUCCUACCUUGCCUUUCAAUGACUUGGGUGUCCGGGACACCAACAGAAAAAUUUCAAUAUUUUGCUACACAAUCCAGCUCAGAACAAUGGCGUAUAUAUUGAUGAGCCGGGCGUCCUUCAUUUUCCUGCUCUGUGUGUCGGACCUGGUUUCGGAGCAGCUUCGCUACUCGAUUCCAGAGGAACUGGAACGUGGGGCCUUUGUUGGGAAUAUCGCCGAAGAUAUGAGGUUAAACGUUUGGGAAUUACCGACUCGCAAAUUUCGGCUGAUUUCAGAUGACGUGAAACAAUACAUGGAGGUAAAUCUGGGAAAUGGUUUCUUAAUUGUUAAUGAAAGAAUCGACAGGGAACAGGUUUGUACCAAAAGCUCUGCUUGUUCCCUUUCUUUCCAAAUCGCGCUCAGUGAUCCUUUGGAAAUGUACCCUGUCUCAGUAGAGAUACUAGAUGUAAAUGAUAAUUCACCCAGUUUUCCGAGGAAGGAAUUCUAUUUGCAGAUCAAUGAGUUAAUUGCGCCAGGGGCGCGCUUCCCUCUCGAGAGCGCGCGUGAUCCGGAUGUGGGAACAAACACAAUCAGCACUUACCAGAUCAGUCCAAAUGACCAUUUCGAUAUCAAAGUGCAGACAAAACGGGGUGGGAGUAAAAGUGCCGAGCUGUUAUUAAAGAAGUCCUUGGACCGUGAACAACAGUCACUGUUUACUCUUCUGCUGACGGCCAUAGACGGUGGGAUUCCGCACAGAUCUGGCACAGCUCAGCUUAUCAUUAAUGUAAUGGACGGAAAUGAUAACGCACCUAUAUUCGAUCAUGAAAUCUACAGGGCGACCGUGACAGAAAACGUCGCCAAUGGCACGCUCGUGAUAAAGAUUAAUGCUGCGGAUAUGGAUGUAGGUGAAAACGCUGAAGUAACAUAUUCUUUCACUAACCACGUUUCCCAAAGUUUUCGCGAUUUGUUCAAAUUGGACCCUGUAACUGGAGAGAUCAGAAUUCAGGGAGUACUGGAUUUUGAAGAAACAAAUGUUUAUGAACUUGACGUACAAGCAGUGGAGCAUGUUCCGCCUGGACUGGCAGCCCAUGCAACUGUUGUGGUCGAUGUCAUUGACACGAACGAUAAUUCCCCUGAGUUACAAGUAACCGUGGUGGCUAGUGCUGUGCGGGAAGAUGUUCCUCCGGGGACUGCAAUAGCUUUAAUCAGCGUAACGGACCCCGAUUCCGGUGAAUAUGGAGAAGUUCAGUGUCAAAUUCCAGGGAGUAUUCCGUUCAAGAUCGAAAAAUCUUUGAGGAACAACUAUAAGUUGGUCACCAAUGGUAUUCUGGAUCAUGAACUGACUCCACUGUACAACAUCUCCGUUUCUGCCUGGGACGGAGGGUCUCCUCCGCUUUCAACUAGUAAACUCAUCUUAGUUUCUGUAACUGAUAUCAAUGACAACACACCAAGUUUUACACAAUCCUCAUAUAACGUGUAUCUGAUGGAGAAUAAUACACCUGGUGCUUCUAUAUUUGCUGUUAGUGCAUUUGAUGCUGAUUCGAAUCAGAAUGGAGUCAUCUCUUAUUCCAUCCUUGACCACCAAAAGCAAGCUACGUCUUCUUCCCCUUACGUCUCAAUUAACUCCUAUAAUGGAAACAUUUAUGCGCUGCUCUCCUUUGACUAUGAACAAUUGAAACAUUUCCAAGUCAAAGUUCAAGCUUACGAUGCUGGGUCUCCUCCUCUGAGCAGCACUGCUAUUGUCAAUUUUGUUAUCCUGGAUCAAAAUGACAACACACCGGUUAUUGUUUCACCCUUAAUGUGGAACAGUUCGGCAUCAGUGGAGAUUAUGCCCCAGUCAACAUAUCCAGGAUACUUGGUCACUAAGGUAACUGCGACUGAUGAAGAUUCUGGUCAGAAUGCAAAGCUUUCCUACGAGCUAUUAGAAGUCACUGAUCCUAGUAUGUUUACCGUUGGGCUUCUUACCGGGGAAAUCAGAACAACACGAGCUUUUAGAGACCAAGAGAUCAUUACAACAAGUUUGGUCCUCUGUGUGAAGGACAAUGGACAGCCGAGCCUUUCCAGUACGGCCACUAUCUCCUUUAAAAUAAUGCCCAAUGCUACUGAGAAAUCUUUUGAACGAACUGAUGAACCCAGACGGUGGGAAUAUUUUUCAGAUUUAAACAGUUAUCUAAUUGUCAUUUUAGGAUCCACUUCCUUUUUGUUCCUCAUAACCAUAAUUUGUUUGGUUAUCCUGAAGUAUAGGCAAAGCAGAAACAUUACUGAAGACUACACCUCUACAAUUUGUUGUUACAGUCGUAGGAAUUCGAAUGAUGUUUUUAAUAGGAGACAAGCAGCAAAUGAACCUUUAAAUUAUAGCGGGUCUGUUCAAACUGAAGGCUACCGUUACACCGUGUGUUUAUCACCAGAAUCAUCGAAAAGUGACUUUCUGUUUUUAAAGCCCUGUCAUCCUACGUUGCCUUUCAAUGAUGUGAGUGUUCAUGACACCAACGCAAGAAAUUAAUUUAGACAGCAAAUGCGAUUCUUCGAGUGGCAGUUGGAUACCCUUAUCUAUAAGACAAUAAGCCAGCUGCACCGGGAUAACAGCGCCGUCAAUAGCGCACUGAAAAUUCGAAUUGGGAUUUCAGCAAUGGAAACAUUCAUCUGCUAUGUGAAUCUUGUGGAUUUUAGUCAGGGGACAUUUUCAAAGUUUGAAGAUAUAAAACAUGGAAGUAUUGUGAACUGUGAGGAGGGCAGCCUAGAACUUCAGAAGCACAUAGACAAAUUCGAAAACCAAGGCAGAGCAAUGGCGAAUACGCCGAGCUGCUCGGCGUCUUUCAUGUUUCUGCUCUGUAUAUCGGACCUGGUUUCGGGACAAAUUCGCUACUCGAUUCUCGAGGAGCAGGAGUAUGGGGCCUUUGUUGGGAAUAUCGCUGAGGAUUUAAGCCUAAACGUUCGGGAAUUAUCGGGCCGCAAUUUUCGACUGGUCUCCGACAGCAGUAAGCAAUACAUGGAGGUAAAUCUGGAAAAUGGAAUCUUAAUUGUUAAUGAAAGAAUCGACAGAGAGCAGCUUUGUAAGCAAAGCACUACCUGUUCCCUUUCGUUUCAAAUAACGCUGGAAAAUCCUUUGGAAAUGCGCCGCGUUGCAGUGGAAAUAUUAGAUAUAAAUGAUAAUGCACCCAGUUUUUCAAAGGACGAAUAUGCUUUACGGAUUAUUGAGGUAAUUGGGCCAGGGAUGCGUUUGCCUCUAGAGAGCGCACACGACCCGGACGUAGGCACAAAUACAAUCAGCACUUACCAGAUCAGCCCAAAUGAACACUUCGGUCUCAGAGUUCAAAGUAGAAAUGAUGGGACUAAAAGUACCGAACUGUUGUUAGAGAAACCGUUGGACCGUGAACAACAGUCAAUCUUUCAUCUUGUACUGACCGCUUUUGACGGUGGGAUUCCCCACAGAUCUGGUACUACUCGGAUUGUUGUUAAUAUUAUGGAUGCGAAUGAUAAUGCCCCGGUAUUUGAUCAAGAAACAUAUAGGGCCAUUGUUCAAGAAAACAACCGCAAAGGUGCGUUAGUGAUAAAGCUCAAUGCUGCUGAUUUGGAUGAAGGUACAAAUGCUGAGCUAAGAUAUUCUUUCACCAGUCAUGUUUCCCAAAAGUCUCGCGAGCUGUUCAAAUUGGACCCGAUAACCGGAGAGAUCAGAGCUGAAAGGAUAUUAGACUUUGAAGAAUCAAAUAUGUAUGAGCUUGAUGUAGAAGUUGUGGAUAAAGGUCCUUAUCCAAUGGCAGGAUAUGCCCAGGUUAUGGUCGGACUAAUUGACAUGAAUGACAACUCCCCUGAGAUUGAAGUGACAUCGAUAUCCAGUACAGUCCCUGAAGAUGCACACUCUGGGACCAUGAUAGCUACAAUCAGUGUAAGGGAUGCCGAUUCCAGUCAAAAUGGACAGAUUCAAUGUGAAGUUGAUAUGGAUAUGCCAUUUAAGCUUCAGAAGUCUUUCAGCAACAACUAUAAGUUGGUUACAAGUGGUGAUUUGGAUCGGGAAACGAUCCCGCUAUACAACAUAUCAAUCACCGCCCGGGACAGAGGAUCCCCUCCUCUUGCAACAAGUAAAAUCCUAAUGGUUUCAGUUUCUGAUGUAAAUGACAAUGCUCCAAGGUUUACACAAGCCUCGUGUAACGUGUUUGUGAUGGAGAACAAUGCGCCCGGUGCUUCUAUAUUUACCAUCACCGCUUCAGAUCCAGACCUGGAUCAGAAUGGAAAGGUGUCCUACUUUAUUUUGGAAAGACAGGUAACAUAUACAUUUGCACCUCCUUAUAUUACGAUUAACUCGAACAGUGGGAUCAUGAAUGCGCUGAUUUCAUUUGACUAUGAGCUGCUGAAGAAUUUUCAGAUCAUUGUUCAAGCUCAGGAUGCAGGAUCUUCCCCCUUGAGCAGCACUGCCACCGUGAAUGUUAUUAUCUUGGACCAAAAUGACAACGCUCCGAUUAUUGUUUCACCUUUAGCUUGGAACAGUUCUUCGGCCGUGGAAAUUCUGCGUCAAUCGAUAUAUCCAGAGUGCUUGAUCACCAAGGUAAUCGCAACUGAUGCAGAUUCUGGGCAGAACAUGCGGCUUUCCUUCCAAAUUCUGGAGGCCACUAACCCCAGCCUCUUCAGUGUGGGACUGCUCUCUGGAGAAAUCAGAGCAGUCCGACAUUUUAAGGAACAAGACUCCACCACACAAAGAGUGAUCGUAAUGGUGAAGGACAAUGGACAGCCCAGUCUCUCUAGCACGGCUACAAUCUUCUUUUCAAUCUUACACAAUACUACUGAAAAACUCUCCGUACAAAGUCACCAACCCAGAAGUCCUGAACAAUUUUCCGAUUUGAAUGCGUAUUUAAUCAUCGUGUUUGGCUCAACAUCCUUUAUAUUUCUUGCAAUCAUCAUUUUCCUAGUGAUACUGAAAUGCAAACAGGACAGGAAUACAUAUUAUUACAGCCCUACAAAUUGUUGUUGCUGCAGGCGGAGGAAUUCGAAUGACGCCUUUAAUCGGAGAGCUGUCCCCAGAGAACUUCUAAAUUAUCCUGUUGGAAGUCAGACGUUCCCCAUUUCUGAAACACAACAGUAUACUGUCUGUUUAUCUCCAGAAGCAUCCAAAAGUGACUUCUUGUUUUUAAAACCCUGCGAAGCAACUUUACCUCUCAACGAUUUGAAUGUUCGUGACAGUGGCGUGAGAAUAUGAAACAAAUAAACUUUUAUGCUGGAGAAAAUUGCUUAAACAUUUACUGUUGUAGAGAGUUGAUCUGUUGUUCGCGACAAUCAAAAUUCAUUUCUGCGCAUGAACACUCCAGAAAUGUAUAGUUAUUAAUAAUAAUGCCUGUUUGGGUUAUGCCAAUGUUUCGGAUGCCGCCUGUAGAGUAUGUCGUGUUAUUGUUCACAUAAAUAGCUGGCCUGGUACUCGUUAUAAUUCCUGUUUUGCCGAAGCUCAUAAACAUCUGGAAUCAACAAUUCCCCACUACUUAUAAAUGUAGCUGACCACAGUUCGAAAAGCUUUCUGUUCAAAAUCUAUGUUCCAAUAAAACUUCCGUUUUUAGAUUCGAA